UUAUUUAACGAAAUACUGCACGUAAAUGUCGCUGGGAACUUUGUUUGUCGUUUCUGAUGAGUUUAGCACUUCAGUUGUAGUUUGAAAUAGUCAAGAAAAUUGGGUUUUGAUGUUUUGUUGAUCAGAAAGAGACUCGAGACAAAUAAAAUCGUUGUUUACGGUGCAACUGAGAAGAAUCAGUUAUACUACUUAAUUAGUGACAUUAAGUAAUUAGUGAUGAUGUCGUCGAUGGCAAAAUUCAGUCACGAAGACAAAUACGACGAGAAUGGGAGGAAUAAAUCCAGAAUUUGCUGUCAGUUCUGUUCCUCAGUGAUCUUGAGCUCAUCUGCAGGAACUUUUCUCACUCACGAGUUCGAUCUUCCACAUAUGCGUAGCAAACGGGACGAAGGAGAGGAGGAGAAAGUCGAGAAAUUGAAGGAUUAUUGGCUGGUGGAGGACAUGUAUACGUUCGAAAAUCUUCACCCAUGGUUGAAUGGAAUGAAAAAGGGAUACAAAUGGAGUGGGUAUUGGAUGAGAGAGGUAAUCUCGAGCAGGAAAAUAAACGCAGUUGAAUCGUCGAUCUACCCACGUACAUCAGCGCCCGUCGGUCACUGGGAGAGGCAUCAACUGGUUGAAAUCCCAAUGGAGAAAUGCAAAAGCUUUUACGAUUCACCUGCGGUGGUACGUGCUAGCACGAUCACCACGGAUAAAUCGAACUUUGACGCCUCUCUUCGGGAUAUUGGGGUGAGAGGGGAGACGAUAAGGAAAAUAAUUCUUGGGGUAUGAGGAGAUGGAGAGAGACGGAGGAUGGAGUUGGUGGAGAUGUUCUCACAGGGAUUGGUAGGUUUAUCGGGGAUUUUAUGAGAGACUUGUUGUUUUUAGGUAUUUGGGGUGGAAGAGGAUAUGUGGAGGGAGAACAAUUAGCGAAGGGUUUGGGAAAGAUUAAAAGAUGGGAAUAUUUGGCGACUGAUUGGUACAUGUUAUUUAUCGAAAUUAUGUUAUCGAUAGAUUUUCUGUGAUAGAUGCGGUAAUUUUGUUGGGAAUGGUCCGGGGGGAAAGGAAUUUUUAAUAAAAAUCAACCCUCCAAAGGUGGAAAUGAGACUUAAACAAUUUUUGGGUCAAGUUUUGUCGAAAACUCGACCCAAAAUUAAUUAUCAUUAAUUUUGUAUUAAUUUUUGCACUAAAAUUGACUUUCAUCCCUCACUUCACCCUCUAGAGGUUAAAUUCAACCCCCAAAUUUAUUUCCUCGCAGUACCAAAUAUUUCCUAAACGAUCAGGUAAUUUUAUCAACUAAAAAUCGAAGAAAAAAAAAUAUCAAAAAAUAUUUUUUCCUCCCCUUUUUUCAAUUCCAAAUUAAAACGAGUGGAAGGUACCAGUUCUUGCAACGCAAGCUAUCGUACAUUUAACAC